AUGAGGCACUUAACUCAUACGUACCAGGCGCUUCGCCUCACGAUCCAUUCAACUCCUACCAGGGGGCGACUCGACGACGGGAUAAAAUCGGCUGCGGCUGUUUCUUCCUCUACGACGAGCUCCGGUAGUAGGAGUAGUAGUAGUAGUAGUGGUAGUGGUAGUGGUAGUGGUAGCGGUAGUAGCAGCCGCCGUAGUUUCCCGGCGCUGUUCGUCCGGGGCGGGACGUCCAAGGGCCUGGUGAUCCAGCGGCGGCACCUGCCGGGGCGGGAGGCGUGGCGGGAGGUUCUGCCGGCGGCGAUGGGGGCGCCGGACCCGGCGCACGGCAGGCAGCUGGACGGGAUGGGCGGCGGGGCGUCGUCGACGUCGAAGGUGUGCGUCCUGGCGCCGUCGGGCCGCGCCGACGCCGACGUCGAGUUCACGUUCGUGCAGGUCGGGAUCCGGGACGGGGCGCUGGACCUCGCGGGCAAUUGCGGGAACAUGUCGGCGGCGGUGGGGCCGGUGGCGUGGGACGAGGGGUUGGUGGAGGGGAGGGAGGGGAAGGUUAGGGAUGUGGAUGUGGAUGGGGGUGGGGGUGGGGAUGGGGGGUAUAAAGAGGCGCUCGUGAGGGUGUUUAAUACCAACACGUCCAAGAUCAUACACUCCCGAUUCAGGGUCGCGGGCGAUCCGCCGACGUAUUGUCCCGAGGGGGACUACGAGAUGGACGGGGUUCCGGGGACGCAGUCUAGGAUCACGCUGAGCUUCCUGGAUCCCGCGGGGGCGAAGACAGGAAAGGCGCUGCCGACUGGGAAUGCGGUUGAUACGUUGGCGCUGCCGGAUGGUAGCACUAUCGAGGCUUCGCUGGUGGAUGUGUCGAAUCCGGGGGUGUUUGUCCGGAUAGAUGAUCUAGGUAUAAGAGGCGCCAGUCCGACUACUUUUACUCCCCAAGCCGUGGAGUCGGAUGCCGCACUCAAGGCUAGGUUAGAGGCGAUCAGACAGGCUGGAGCGGCGAAAAUGGGACUGGAUCCAAAGACGGAAAGCGUGCCGAAAAUCGUGCUGCUGUUCUCGGACGCGGGCUCGGCGGAUGUCCAUAUCAGGUGUCUAGCGAUGUCGAUGGGACAGGCGCAUAAGGCCGUUCCCCUGACUUUGGCUUUAUGUUUAGGCGCGGCUGUGAACAUGCCGGGAACCCUGCCCGCACAGGUUCGUGGUGAGAGAAGAGGGAGUAGCGAGAAUGGUCCUGUUGUUAUUGGACAUCCCAGCGGGACGGUUGAGAUUGGGGCGACGACGGAGAACGGCCGGAUUGUCUCGGCGGACUUACUGCGUACAGCUAGGGUUCUAAUGAAGGGCGAAGUUUAUUAUUGA